AUGGAGGAACGGAGUGGUAUGGAACGGCUGGGUGGGGUACAUGAAGGAACGGAGUGGUAUGGAACGGCUGGGUCGGGUACAUGGAGGAACGGAGUGGUAUGGAGCGGCUGGGUGGGGUACAUGAAGGAACGGAGUGGUAUGGAGCGGCUGGGUGGGGUACAUGGAGGAACGGAGUGGUAUGGAACGGCUGGGUGGGGUACAUGGAGGAACGGAGUGGUAUGGAGCGGCAGGGUCGGGUACAUGGAGGAACGGAGUGGUAUGGAGCGGCUGGGUGGGGUACAUGAAGGAACGGAGUGGUAUGGAGCGGCUGGGUCGGGUACAUGGAGGAACGGAGUGGUAUGGAACGGCUGGGUGGGGUACAUGAAGGAACGGAGUGGUAUGGAGCGGCUGGGUCGGGUACAUGGAGGAACGGAGUGGUAUGGAGCGGCUGGGUAG